CUAAGCAACUGACGUCUCUCAGCAAAAUAAUGUGAUUUCUAGGUGUAAUCAAAAAAGGAGUGUUACAAUUGUAUUACGUGAAUUGUAGUAGAAUUGGGAAAAUAAGUUUUGAGGCCAAAUGGAGAAGAGAGAAGUUUCUGGGGAUAAGCAGAAAAUUAUCUCAUUUUGUGGUGAAGAUACUGGAUAAAGUGAUCUGUACUGCUGAAGUACAUGACAUUCAUCAGAUGCUCUCCCUCUGCUUAUCUCUUGACUAAGAUGCAUCUCUUGAAGUUGACAAGAAAAUAAAACCUCUCUGGUUGUUCAAGUCAGGAAACUUCUACUGGAAAAGGCAUAGUAAAGCAGUGAAGAGAAACUGAAGGAAGUAUUACAUGCCUUACUGAUCAGAAAACUGUUUCUGAAGUAUUCGGGCAAACUACAUAUAUAUGUAGUAAAAUCUACAAAGGUUGAAGGUGAGGAGAGCAUGGGUUAUGAUAUCGAGCGCUUCGUGGGCUAUGUUAACGAGGGGCUGCUGUGCUCCAUCUGCCGAGACGUGUUAGAAGAUCCACUGCAGGCUCCCUGCGAGCACGCUUUCUGCACUGCCUGCAUCCAUGGCUGGCUUGUUCAUCACAGUAACUGCCCUGAAGACAGACAAGUGAUUGAUGUGUCUCUGCUACGACCUCUCUACAGAUAUAUGAAAAAUGAUUUAAACCGUCUUCAGCUACAUUGCAGAAACAGAGAGUAUGGCUGUGAAAUGGUUUGUUCUCUGGAGUCUAUAGACAGGCAUGAAAGGGAGUGUGAGUACAGUCAGAUACCUUGCUCCAAUGCUGGUUGUAGCGUGCAGAUCGAGCGGCGUAACUUGGACGGGCACCUGGCGGUGUGUGAGUACCGGAGCCGGGAGUGCCCCAACGGCUGUGGCUACACCAUCCUCAGCGCAGAGGACACGCAGCACAACUGUGUGGCAGAGCUGAGAACCGAGCUGGAGCUGCUUCGGUCAGAAAUGAUCUGCAGAGUGGAGGAGGCAAAACAUGAGAUGGAGUCAAGGUUAGAUUCACAGAGAAGGCAUAUGGUCCAAAAAGAGAGUAUUCUGCAAAAUGAAAUUGAAGAACUAAAGAGUCAGAUGUCACGAAUGAUGUCAGAUGUGCGGUCUCUGAUGGCAGCAGAGAGACAGCACCGUCAAGAGCUGGAGCAGGCAGAGCUGGAAAAACGGGAGUUAAUGGAGCUGCUGAAGGGGCUGCAGAAGGACUGUAGAUUAACUACUGCAGAGGGAAGCAGGAAGUCAAAUUUCCGUCCUUUGACACGACUAGAGAGUGUAAAAAGAAAACCUAGGGAAGUUACAGUUAUCUAAAUAGUGCUAAGCUCAAAAAGCAUUUUCUUCAAAUAUUGGCUUCUGGCAAACUACUUUCUUUGAAUGAUUGGUAAACUUUAUAUAAUUUCUGA